GUAAAGGGACAGGGGCAUGAAGAAGACGCCAGUGGCUUACUUUCAGGAAAAAGGUCUAACAGUGGUUGGCACAGUAAAAGACUACAGAAAUUUUACCUACAAACUGCAUUUCCACAUAAGGACUACGAUGCAACUGACUUGACAAAUGACAUAAUGUUACUCAAGAUGAGCUCCAAGGCACAUUUCAGCAACACUGUGAAACCCAUUGGUCUCGCAGGUCAAGGUGACAGCUCUCUGCCAAAAUCAUGUAUAGUCUCCGGCUGGGGCACAACAAGCAGCAAGACAGGAUAUAUGUCUCAUAGACUUAUGGAAGCCAAUGUAACACUAAGUGAUGAAGAGCAGUGUGUUACCGAAAACUCAUACUGCUCUCAGGGAGACAUUGGACCGGGUGUGGGAGACUCUGGUGGUCCACUGGUCUAUGAAGAUGGAAAGGCAUACGGGGUAUUGUCCUACACCUCCAGUCCACAUGGAGGUGGCCCAAAAAUGUACAAUUAUGCCAAGAUUCCUGACUAUAGAUACUGGAUCGAUUCAUUCAUGAAAUAUAAUGGAAAGCUCUAAUACAUGUUACAUUCAAUUGACCAAAUCCAAUUUGAAUUUACGGUAGACUACUUCAUUUAAAUUGUAUAACACUGGAGAAUUUCAAAAUUGAUAAUUAAGUUACUAUUAUCAU